AUGCGGCCCUCUGAUAUUGCUACCGCGGAUGAACAAUGGCUGAUCGACAUAUGCCAUAAGGCGGAAAACGAGGGCGGGAUGAUCGGGGGUGAAAUGUACGGCGACAAAGUCAUCAAGAUUUCCGACCACAUCGCAGUGAAGUACGGUGGUGUUCAAGCAUCUGAAGCAACAACACAAGAAUUUGCAUUCAACCGUGUGGAUCGCAACAUCGUCCACGUGCCAGAGGUCUAUAGAUUUAUUGAGCCUAAACCAUCGACAAACCCACACGGAUACCUCUUUAUGGAGUAUGUUGAAGGACGGAAUCUGAACGAUCUUGAUUUGGAAAUACACCAGGAUAUCCCCUCCCGUGUUGCAAAGAUUCUUGCGCAUUUAGGACAAAUAACAGGUUCAGCUCCAACCCCAGGUCCAAUUAGCGGUGGGGAACCCCAGGGCUACCUAUUCGGCGAUGACGGCGCGAAGACGAUUUUCAGCGCAGUCGAGGACUUGAAUGUAUAUAUGAACAAGAGGCUACAGUAUCGCAAUGAUUCCAUCGACUUGAUAACCCAUCCCUUGGUGCUAUGCCACGGUGACAUCUGUCGGAGAAAUCUGAUCUUGGAGGGAGAUGGCUCUCUUUGUCUCGUUGACUGGGGAUACUCUGGGUUAUACCCUCGCUUUUUUGAGCUCGCCACAAUCUCAUGCGUGCUUCCAUAUGAUGCGACUUUUGAGAAGUCAGUCAUAUGUGAAUUUGAGAAGCUAUUUGGUCUGACCGAGCACGAAAAGCGAGACAUGAAGCUCACUCUUUGUGUCCGCGGAGCAAAUCUAAGAUGGUCAUUUAAUGAGUCCGAGCCGAUUGAAGCCGAGAAGUCAAGUGACGAAUUCUUUAAAGAGCUUCUCGCCAGGAGCGAAAGACAUCGCAAGGAACGCGAAGCUGCUGGAAUACCCGAAUUUAGCAUGCCUAACUUACACUCUGACAAUGUUAAGUCUGAGACCGAAUCUCACACAGCAGAGCCAUGUGAUUUGAGUGAGGAAGACAUGAAAUGA